GAACGAUCCACCCGUCCGAUGUCUUGUGUCAUCUAAAUCUCUGUUUCUAUAGUUCUUCUAAUUCUUGGUUUGGAAUGGGAGGAAUGGCUGACGUGGCGACGAUGAAGGAGCGGAGGAUAGUGGUGGCGGUGGACGAGAGCGAUGAGAGCAUCUACGCUCUCCGAUGGUGCCUCGGCAACCUCCUCCACCACGCCGGAGAGGAAGCGACCGUCCGGAAUACCCUCAUCCUUCUCUACGCUAAGCCUCUGCCUUCGGUGCACUCCCUGUUGGACGGUCCAGGAUAUUUGUUUUCUGAUGAGGUGAUUGCAUCCAUGGACAGAUACAGCAAAGUCCUCGCAGAUUCAAUAAUACAGAGAGCUAAGAAUAUCUGCCUGGACUAUAGCAAUAUAAAGGUGGAAGCGACGGUUUCUGCUGGGGACGCCAGAGAUGUGAUAUGUGAGAUGGUGCAGAAGCUGGGAGCCGAGCUGUUGGUCAUGGGAAGCCAUGGCUAUGGUUUCAUUAAGAGGACUCUUCUAGGGAGCGUCAGUGAUUACUGUUCUCGAAAUGCAAAGUGCCCUGUUCUGAUUGUGAAACGGCCAGCAAACUAAAGCUUGUCUACUUUGCUGUAUCUGUGCUCAUGAAGGCAAUGUAUCAAAGUAUUGGAGACUGGUAGUUUUAUAGGGCUAAUGUGUUUUGAUUCAUCUACUUUAAGAGCAAUUAUCUUUUCCCAUAUGUUCACCUCUCUGAAUAUUAAUCACCACUCUCUACUAUGCCCUCA